CAUGUUCGGGCUCGGCUAGGGUCGGCCAGAGCGGCAGACACAGGCGAGGCGAGGCGAGGGCAAGGCGGGGCAGGGCAGGGCACAGGGUGGUGGUGGUGGUGGUGGUGAGGGGGGUCAGGGGAGACCGAACCGCCGCCUGGAGUUAGCUGGACCAGGGCGAUGGUUAUCCGGCACCCCCCGGCGAGGACAGCGCCCGAGCGGCGAAUCCGAGCCAGGGUCCGACAGGGGGGGUUAGAGGUAGGGAGGGAUGACUAUCGGACAAAGGCACCCAUCAGCACACCUAACACCAGUUCGUGAGAUAAAAGUCCCGGUUGUGGCUCUAGCAAGCCCCUCACUGAGUCACUCACACCCCGUGCAAGCCGCUCCGUGCUGCAGCUAGCUGCGCUGCUCGGUGUCUCUCUGCAGGCUGAAGACCCACGCAGGCUAAUUAGCAGAGCACCAGACCUGUCUCUGUUCGCCCUCAGCUGGAGGACAAUGGCACCGUUUCUCUGCCCAGAAGCCGUGUGGACUGGAGUGCGGUCCUCUCCUCUUGACAACCCCCCGAUGUAUUUCCUCUUUUUGUCUGUGUGUGUGUGUGUUUUCGCCUGUGCUGCUGCUGCUGCUGUGUCUUCUUGACGGGAAGUUCAGUGUCUGUGUGACAGUGUCAGCCCUCUCCUGCAGGCUGAAGACAGAGCACAGAGCGCUCACCGGUGACCGAGGAGAGGAAGUUGCACUUAAAACUGCGAACGCUUCGGGUACAUACACGGGGACCAUGGGUGAAUAAAUAAAUGUGGGAAUUAGACAUUGCCCAGCAUUUUUCUGUUUCCCUCCGUGACGUGUAUGUGCGGCCCUUUCCUUUCCUGUACGUCCCCUUCCGUUUGCCCCCCCAUCAAAACCCAAACUCCACGCCUUCCCCAUGCGCGUCCAUGAGCCAUGAAUGUACUCGGGUGCGCGCCUCUGUCUGUCUGUGCAGCAUUCAUAAAACGUUCAAGGGAUGCUGAAUGCAGCCCUGGAUUCUCGCAGCGCUGGCUUUGGUCACCCCUGACAACAAAGGACGCUUUGACAUGUCUCACUUUAAAACUACGGCUCCAAUUACACGGCCUGUGUGCACGAGCUAAAAAAAAGACUCAGUCACGUUGUGAUUGGCUGUUAUUAAAGUCAAUCAGCUAUCAAUCAAGUUGGACAAGUCGGUGCCAUGGUAACUCACUCAGCAACCAAGGUCCAGCAACAAAAGGUUUCAUCCCCUGUGUGUAGUUUGUGUAACACACCCAGUGAGUGUAACAGGCAAGCAAAUAUGCCUCCCAAGAAAAAAACAAAAAAGACUGCAAAGAAGAAUCCAGAAAAAAGUGAAACUGAACUGGAAGCAAAGUAUAGGCGCAGUGUACUGGAUGUAGCCAUCCUACAGGAUCACAUCGCCUUACAGUGCGAGUGUGUAACAAAGGUCCAGUCUGAUAGAGUUGACCUGAGGAGACGCAUGAGAGACAUGGAGCAGAAGCUACAGCACGAAAGACAAGACCGCAGGGAUGUCAACUCUGACCUCAGUCGGCAGUACAAAACCAUGCAGACAGAGCUGACUAACAAGGUGAAGACACUUGAGAAAGAAGUCAGCCAGCUCAAGGAAGAACUUGUCCUGUGUCAGGAGGACCUAAGGAGAGAGAAGAGAGAGCGUGAGCGGGUGCAACAGGAGAAGGACACCACCGUAAAUGACCUCCAACACAAGCUGGACAACAUGGAAACAGACUACGAAAAGAUCCUGCACGAGACUCUAGACAGCCUGACUUCUCAGCUGUCUGUGGCUCGACAGGGAUGGGAGGAAAAGAGCACAGCCCUUCAUCAAAAUUACAAGGAGCUCCUCUCUGAAUUUGGCCUGAAUGCAUUCGACAUCUAAAAGUCAGGCAUCUUACAAAUGAGAGCAGCUGCUCCUCUCAGUGAAAUACAUUUGUUGAAUGCUGCAUCUGUGUUUAGUUCAAAUGAAAGUGAUGUGUGUGACAGCUUUGCAGCUUUGCAACAAUUUAAUAUGCCUAACACAUGAAUGGAUUAUAUUAUUAUUUUAUAAUGUUUUACCAUCAGAGUACAAAAUAAACCAAGUUACACUGUACAUGCAUGAAUUCAGUAGCUUACCAAGUAGUGUCUGUAAUGUUGUGUAAUGCCCACUAGAUGUAGCAAAUGACUGUUUAUGACUGAAGAGAUGAUGGCCAGAAUAUGUUAUUAUGUACUGUGUAUUCUGUAUUUUAUAUGUGUAAAUAUGUUGUAAGUUAAAUAAAAGAAUGAGGACUAC